UUCUAGAGUUGCAUAUCUAGACCAUCCUGGAGUCCACCAUGAAUGGACAGUUGGAUUUGAGUGGGAAACUAAUCAUCAAAGCCCAACUUGGAGAAGAUAUUCGACGAAUUCCCAUUCACAAUGAAGAUAUUACUUAUGAUGAAUUAGUGCUAAUGAUGCAACGAGUAUUUAGGGGAAAGCUUCUGAGUAAUGAUGAAGUUACAAUAAAGUAUAAGGAUGAAGAUGGAGACCUCAUAACAAUUUUUGAUAGUUCUGACCUUUCCUUUGCAAUUCAGUGCAGUAGGAUACUGAAACUAACAUUAUUUGUUAACGGCCAACCAAGACCCCUUGAAUCAAGUCAGGUGAAAUACCUUCGUCGAGAAUUGAUAGAACUUCGAAAUAAAGUGAAUCGCCUUUUGGAUAGUUUGGAACCACCUGGAGAACCAGGGCCUUCCACCAAUAUUCCUGAGAAUGAUAACGUGGAUGGCAGGGAAGAAAAGCCUGCUGCUUCUGAUUCUUCUGGAAAACAAUCUACUCAGGUUAUGGCAGCAAGUAUGUCAGCUUUUGAUCCUUUAAAAAACCAAGAUGAAAUCAAUAAAAAUGUCAUGUCAGCAUUUGGCUUAACAGAUGAUCAAGUUUCUGGGCCACCUAGUGCUCCUGCAGAAGACCGUUCAGGAACACCUGAUAGCAUUGCUUCCUCCUCAUCUGCAGCUCACCAGCCUGGUGUUCAGCCGCAACAGCCACCGUAUCCAGGAGCUCAGACACAAGCAGGUCAGAGUGAAGGCCAGAUAUACCAGCAGUAUCCGCAGCAGGCUGGCUAUAGUGCUCAGCAGCCACAAGGGCCACCUCAACCCCAACAGCAGUAUGGUCUUCAGUAUUCAGCAGGCUAUAAUCAGCAAACCGGACCCCAACAACCUCAGCAGUUCCAAGGAUAUGGUCAGCAACCGACUUCUCAGGCACCAGCUCCUGCCUUCUCUGGUCAGCCUCAACAACUGCCUGCUCAGCCACCGCAGCAGUACCAGGCGGGCAACUAUCCGCCACAAACAUACACUACCCAGACCUCUCAGCCGGCUAAUUAUUCUGUGCCCCCUCCUUCACAGCCUGGAAUGGCUCCCAGCCAGCCUGGAGCAUAUCAGCCAAGACCAGGUUUCACAUCACCUCCUGGAGGUACCGGCACCGCUCCUCCAAGCGGGCCUAACCCUUAUGCUCGUCACCGGCCUCCCUUUGGGCAGGGCUACACUCAACCCGGACCUGGUUAUCGAUAGAGAGCUACACUGAUGAACGUAGCUGCUAACCAUUUGCCUCUCAAAAGACUCCAAUACUAUUUUAUUUUAAUUUGUAUUGAAGUUCAGAAAUUUAAAAGGCAGAGCAUUUUUUAAAUGAUAUCAUUGUUGCUGUUAAUUGAAAGCAUAAUUUGCUGGAAUACACACACACAAAAAGACCAAAAAAAAAACUUUUCUUCCCCUGCUUAAAUGUAGCAGCUUCCUAGUUAUUUUGGAACACUACUCUUACCUGUGUGUAAAGUGAUUGACUCUCUAGCUUGCCUUGUUCAGAGGAUAUUAAAAUGCUAGGUUGAAAUUUAGCCAUCUUACUUUGGCUUUUUACUAUUAACACGAUGUACUAAAGUAGAUCCCUUUGAGAAGACAGCUAGAUGUAAAAAUGUAACAUUGACAGGUUAAUAAACAUGAUUGAAUCCA